AUGGCGGACGAUGAGAAUGACCAUAUGUUCGCUGAACCCACGUUUGGCGAUGAAUUUGGCGAUGAAUUUGGAGAAGAUGAUUUAGGGGAGGAGCUUGAGGGGGACCAAGUGCACGGGGCGGAUAAUGAUGUGGACGUUGUUGCUGAUCCGAACGACCCGCGGUUGCAGCGUCCCGACGCACGCCCGAGCGAGGGUCCGCGCAUUACAAGUCCGUACAUGACAAAGUUUGAGAAGGCCAGGAUUAUCGGCACCAGGGCGUUACAGAUCAGCAUGAAUGCCCCCAUUACCAUUCCUCUGGACGGCGAGACAGAUCCUUUGAUCAUUGCCGAAAAGGAGCUGUAUCAAAAAACCAUUCCCUUCCUCGUCCGGAGGUACCUGCCCGACGGAAGUUUCGAAGACUGGAAAAUCCAGGAGCUUGUCAUCGACUGA